UGAGGGUUGGUGAGGGUACGUGAGGGCCCGAAGCUUUAUCAACUUCAUUGUAAACUCACCUCUGAGUUGUAAGAAGUGUACAUGCGAGAAAUCAGAUAUAGAUCAUAGCCCUCUGGUGGUGACAUUGGAAGAUGAUACCAUGAAUUUUGUUCAGUACGCUUCUCAUCUAAAGUAUGUCUGUGACAAGGCUCUAGUCCGAGAGCCGUCAGCUGUUGUGUCAAGUGAACGUCCUUAACCAACAAAAUAAGUGAAACUUAUCAAUAGUGCAUAACCGUAAUAGUAACCUUGUUAUUUGUUACUGAAAGUGUUGUAGGACUUCUCAGCGUUUGUUGACAAAAACGAGAUCAAUUCUUCUUGCAUCUGUGACACAAAGAAUGAGACUGUAGUGAACCCGAAUAUCUCUCAGGAUGUUCAAAGAAAAUGAUAGCAGUUCAGGAGGCUGCAGUGGUACGGCUCCUAGACCUCGUAGAAUAUUACCACGAUUUUCUCUUCGCCGAUUAUUGUACUCGAGUCCUCUUAUUGGUCGGCGAAUUAUGAGGACCCCUAGUUCAAGUAACAGGAAUACUAAAGCUAAAGAUCUGACUGGUAGCAAAACUGCGGAUGUUGAAAAAGGAGAAGCCAGAGUAAGUAAUGGUUCGAGCCAUUUACAAUUUCAGAACAUAGAUCUACAACGUGCUUCCAGCAAAGGCUCUGUACUUUCUUCUGCCGGAAAGAGUAAUGAAAAUGGAAUGGUGGAUUGUCCUUUGUGUUUGGCCGAAUUCCCAAUGGACUUCUUUCCUGUGGUACAGUCUUGCCAUCAUCGUAGUUGUUAUGACUGCUUUCAACAAUAUCUUAAAGUUGAAAUUUCAGAAUCUAGGGUUAAUAUAGCAUGCCCUGAAUGUUCAGAACCAUUACAUCCGAAUGAUAUCCGAAUGAUUUUGAACGACCAAACACAGUUGGAAAAGUACGAAGAUUUUAUGGUACGAAGAGUACUUGCGGUAGAAUCUGAUGCAAGAUGGUGUCCUGCACCAGAUUGUAGCUUCGCGGUUAUUGCCAGUGGUUGCGCUUCAUGUCCAAAAUUGCGUUGCGAACGGCCAGGAUGCGAUUCAUACUUCUGUUACCACUGCAAAGCUCGAUGGCAUCCUAAUCAAACGUGCGAUGCUGCCAGAGCUCAACGGACUCAGUACUACGAACGUAGUUCGUCUCUUAGUUUCAGUCAGAGCGAUUCACAACACAGAGAUGACAUCAAGCCUUGUCCAAGAUGUCAGGUCUUCAUUGGUAAAAUGGACGAUGGAAGUUGCAAUCACAUGAUUUGUGCUGUUUGCGGUGCAGAAUUUUGUUGGUUGUGCAUGAAAGAGAUUAGCGAUCUUCAUUACUUAAGUCCGUCUGGCUGUACCUUUUGGGGAAAGAAACCAUGGUCUAGAAAGAAGAAGAUACUUUGGCAACUUGGGACCUUAGUUGGAGCCCCGGUCGGAAUUGGUUUGGCUGCUGGUAUAGCUAUACCUGCUAUGAUUAUAGGUAUACCGGUAUGGGUGGGAAAGGAAUUGUACACAAGGUACGAGAAAGCUAACAAACAUAAGAGGAAUGCCUUCAUCGUCGGUGGCGUAACUGCAUCCGUGUUAGUGUCGCCAAUACUAGCAGGACUGGCGGUGGGUAUCGGCGUGCCCGUUUUAUUAUUUUACGUUUAUGGGGUGGUCCCAGUUUCUCUUUGUCGAAGUGGGGGUUGUGGUGUUUCCACAAAUGGCACGGGUGUUCGAUUUGAUUUCGAUGACGAGAACGAACUGAUGGGCUCUUUGGGUGCCCGCAACGGUGGAGAUGCAGCGUCGAUAGACGUCGCGAGUCACCGUGGCGGUAAUCCUUCGAUAGGGGAAGCAUCGCUUUCGCUCUAUGGAAGCCAGUUGGAAAAGCUGGGUCGAGAAAAUGAUCGUGAGAGCGCCAGCAAUGUAGCUCUUGCUGGCACCAGUCUUGCCGGAAGUAUAGCUUCCAGUGUUCUUCCGGGUGGUCAGAGAUUGGAGGUUCAAGCGGACGUGACGUCUACACAACGAUUCAGCUUGUGCAGCGAAACCGUGUCUGUUACGACCAGUUUGUCAGAAAAGUCGGUGAACGCAUCUAUUGCUUUGGAUGAUGGAACGGCAUCCACAAAAGCCUUGGCGGGUUCUGUUCAAAAUUUUAAGCUUAAGAAUGAAUUGGGUCCAAAGGCGUCGACGGAACCUCAAGAAAAUCGAACAUUCGCGCAGCUUUGCGUUCCUUCAAGCGCUGGACGACGUAAGCGCAAUAAGGAGACGGAACCGGAAACAGAUGCUCAAAAACCUUCGAAAAAUGGUAACAGUGAUUCGAAGGUUGACUCGUCAGCGGACGACAACGUAUCGCGGGAACGAGUCAACGUUGCCACGUUAAGGAGUGUAUUCCUCUAUAGCUCGACUGUAACCGCGGAUCGCGAGAAGCGAUUAUCAGUGAUAGAAGAACCGUCUCCUGCAGGAGCACAGAAUAAAGCUGCUCGUGUAUCAUCUUCCGACGAGGGCUGCAAAGCUAGUAACGCGGAAGAGGAUGUACCCUCUUAAAAAAUGGAAAGACUGAUUGUUUCUCUAAUAACGAUGUACACGCAUCUUUUAAAUACGGGACGUGUAGAUACGUAUUUACAUAUGUGUGUAUAUAUGUAUUUAAGUGUACACCGUGUGCGUACUCUGAGCUUACUGUAUAUUAGAGUUCUGCAACGGGCGGGUUAUGGUUUAACCAGCCACCCGUUCACCCAAUGGAUGGACUAAGCGAUUAGAGCGUGUAUCGUUCAUGUAUCGAUCAGGAUAAAUUAGUAGUCGCUCCAGCACUGCAACGGGCGGGUGUACCAUAGUUUAGCCCACAACCUGCCAAUCAUGCAUUUACACGAGACUCAUCUGGUCGAUUGUCACUUUCCUCGACCAUACCUAUGCCUUUUGUCUUUACUUAUAGUAGACUCGCCCGGCGCGUAUAGUCGCGUGCAAAAAUUUUCAGAUAGUUCUUCUUCUAAUUUUUAAUUAGAGAUGGCAAACAAGAAUGAGUUUAACGAAACAUUUAACGGAAGUAACUGUCUGGAAAUUUCUACACGCCACGGUUAGUAUAACACAACGGAGAUUUCGAAAGUUCGUAGAUGUCGCUCAAAAUUGACCCUGGUUAUUGAUAGAUACUGGCGGGUACAAAUCUGGUAACGGACUACAUUUGCAGAACUCUAUUAUAUUUAUGCAUACCGUGUAUAAACGUACUUUGAGUGCAAUAGAGGGAACAAGUUAAAAUUAACUUUGCGAAGCAAAGUAUAUCGAAGUAAACAGUAUAUGCAUUCAUAUUUCCAAAAUGUGUGCGCGUAGAGAAUAUUUGACACUCGCAUACGCUAAAAGGCCUCAAGUUUGUUAUAAACAGUUGACAUAAAUUUAACAUGAAUCAUUUUCAUCUUAUGACAGCACCUUCUGAAGUGAGAAUGAAAAUCGUUGUAACGCGUGUAGGUUAUGUUCUUGUAUACAAACGCAGUGUUAGUAAAUCCCAACUUCGACAAAAAAUGACAUCGUUGUCGCGUGGUAUAACACAGAGUGAUUAUAUGAAAAGUUGAACAGAAAGUAUUGACAACUUCGUGGAGUCUUUAUAAUGUUGCAUUUUACAUCAAAUAACAAUUAUUAUUUCCUAUGGAUAACGUACUCGUCAAUUCGUCAAUCAUGUCUCCAGGUGUACAAGUAUUAUAAGUCUUUGUAUAUGAACAAAUUUUCUAAAUGUUGUCCCUCGAUGUAUGAAAAUAUACAUAAUAUAUGAAAUACAUCUCUAAAGGCAAUGAGUAUGCCUUUACAUUGAAUGUAUAGUGUUUUAGGAGAAAAAUUUAACAUUACCAUAAGAAAGGGUUAUGGUAGUCUAUUACUUUUUGCUUGUAUUUAUUUAUUCUUAUUUCCAGUGAUUUAUAUAUGAUAAUUUCUGAUGCUUUAUUAGGCAUGUCGACAGCUUUGGUUUGUUUUUCUUGCCCAUAUAUACACAUUUACAUAAUAUUCACUAACAAUCACAAUAAAGAAAAAGCGCGUUAUGGAAAUAUUUUUGCAAUUUUACGUUCAAGAAACUUAUGGCCUUAAGUUUGAAAGAAUUUAAAUAUAUGUAAAUAAUUUUGUAAAAUUAUCUUCAUCAUCAUACGUACAAACAGAUAGAUAUAUAUAUUUGUUUUUAAUAUAUAUACAAAUAUGUAUGUUUAUGUUUAAAAGUAAUAGCUAUGUUGUCUAUUUGGAUAAGCUGAUGUCAUACGUCCAAAUUAGUAAAUUUCUAUGGACAGGUUUUCAUAGGAGUUUACAUAUACGUACGUAAACGGACGUGUGAACUCAAGAAAACCGAAUUGCAAAAUAUGACAUGAGCUGCCAUAUCAUGUUUAUAUAUACACAGUAGAUAUUUUAGUUAAAUAAUGCAUAUUUUGAAAAUGUGCCUAGAAUAAAUAGUACACGGUACAAAAUAUAAAAAAAAAGGCAAGCUUAUGUAGAAACAAAUUUUUAAAAAGUAUGCAUUUUUACCGAUAUUUUUACGAAUUUUAAAUAAUGAUUUAAAUAUAUAAAUUAGACAAGUGCGUUUCGUUAAUAUAAAGUGGGGUGCAAUUUUUAAUAUGUUAAUAUAUAAACAACAUAAACAAAUCCACAAGGAAUAAAAUUAUACUUUUACAACCAUAGUAUUAGUUUCUUCAAAUUUCAUUAGUCAUUGUACAUUUUGUAUGAAGACCAAGGUUUAUUGUAUUACAAAGGUGUAUCAUUUAAAAUAGUAUUUCAUUUGUGAUGAAUGUAAAUUCGUAAAUACAACAAAA